AUGAACACCAACCUAGGUGGCUCGCGACCCAGCAGCCAGAGCGCAGGCCCUUCUACGAACCCUUCGAACGGUCAGCCUGGUAACCCGGACGGCCAGAAUGGCACUCCUACCUUCGGUAACUUCAGUCGCUUUGUCUCGCCCCCGCCCAAUGGCGCAAACGGUUCUGGCUUCGGAUCCUCAGACUUUGGCGGUGCCUUCUCGCAGCAGUUUCCUCCACAGUAG